CUGAUGCCCCAGACUGGAAAGACUCCCUCUGGAGGACACGAGAUGAGCCCAGACGCUGCGUGAAUUGGGUGAAAUGAGGCUUAAUAACCUGUCACAUCUCCACCCACCAGAAGCGCCUCAGAGCUCAAAAGCAGCCAUUCAGCAUCAACAGGCAGCCUGCACAGCAGCAGUUUCGUGAGCCUGUGCUCCGCCGGGUGAGGAAGCAGCACAGAGGAGACGGUGAGAGACUGUUUGCUACGAAACCUGGACGACCUGGGCCAAGAGUUCGAGGCGUUUGCAUCCAAAGGGAGUGACAGUCACAAGGAGGGUCUGAAAACACCCCCGGAGCACACUGCAAGGGGCAGAGCCCAGAGACAAGCCUGACAACAGGAAGGAGGUGACUAUGGAGCUGCAGAGGGCCAUCAACCAGCACGGCCUGGAAGAAAGAUUGACGAACACCACAGGAUCUGAGAGAAGGGGAGCGACCCAGGACGUCCUGUCCCGGCUGAAGAUGGAGCCAUACAGAAGCAGGAAGCUGAGGCUGAGGGAUCUUCAGGAAAUCAACCUAGAAAGUCUGCAGAGCUGGACUCCUCAGGCUGUAGGGGAUUUACCGUGGCAUUUCCUCAGGAAGGUCCUGGCUCUGGAUGGGGCGGCCAGAAACACUAGCCUCGGGCAGGGAGCAUCUGGUGACCAAGCCAGCCGUGAGGCGAAUGAGGGACAAGGUGACGGUGGUGAGAUCCUUCCUCAUAGCAACACAGACACUAGGACUUCCCUGCACCCCCUGGACGUUCUCUGCGCCGUGCUGCUUUGCUCAGACAGUUUCCUGCAGCAGGAGAUCCUGUCCAGAAUGUCCAUGUGCCAGUUUGCCCUGCCUCUGCUGCUGCCCGCCCUCGACUCCCCCAGGUGCACCCUGCUGCUGUGGGCCAUGCGGGACAUUGUGAGGAGGUGGCGGCCGCACUCCCUGGCACAGAGCCGAGGGUUCAGGGAGGAGAGCCUGGUGCUCACCCCAAUGCCAACCGUCUCCUUUGUGCGGCUGGGCAGCUGCAGCUUCUCCAAGUCCCAGCUCCUCAACGAGGUUCUCAGCCCCGCCCAGCAGCACCACGACUUGUUUGUGCAUCGGGAUAUGGAGUCUGGGAACGUCCGGCGGGAAAUCGCUGACGGGCUGGUCGAGAUUGCCUGGUACUUCCCUGCUGGGCGGGAGAAUUCAGAUCUUUUUCCCGAGCCCGUCGCGAUUACAAACCUGCGCGGGGACAUUGAGUCACACUGGCUGCAGUUCAGAUUUUUAGCAGAGAUCUCCUCAGCGGUGUUCAUCGUUACCGAGAGCAUCGGUGAGAGAGAAUGCGUCCUGCUCUCCUCCCUGCAGGGAUCCACCACUCAAUACUACUUCAUCCUCAGCGCCCUGGCUGAGACACGCAGUGAAACUCUGCGUUCCCUCGAUACAUUAGCCCCACUGCUGAAACUGAACAAGUUGAACGUGCUGGAGAGAAGCCACAACUUAAAUGGGACAGAAUUAGUGGAGAUUCUCCAGCACUCUAUACGCAGCAUAAUGAACUCAUCCCAGGAAGGCGUCAAUAUGGAAGUGCUGGCUAGGGACACCUGGUUGGUCACUGUGGUGAGCAGAAAGGCCUGGAAGAUAUGGAGAGAGAGAUUCUCUCUCCACAACAAUAGAGAAAGUCCAGGGCGCGCUGGAAAACUCCAAAGAUCAGACGGACUCGACCUUGGUCUUUCUCGACAACGUUUGCAAAGUGCUGCAGAAAGACUUAGUCAAUUCCAAGCACGGCUUAGAGGGGAUACGCUUCAUAAACACCGUUAACGCGGAGAAAUUUGCGGUUUUCAUUCACACUUUCCUUUCGGAGCUGGAACCCCAAAUCUUAGCUGAAUUUGAAAAUUUGGAAAUCGACUCUAAACUUUCCCAUCUGUCAGUGAACCUACAGGAGGAGAUCUUCAAGCAAGUGUUUGGCUGUGGGAAGCAGUGUCCGUUCUGUAAAGUGCCCUGUUAGGCAAAAGGCGCCGACCAUACGGAACAUUUUGCAUCGGUGCAUCGGCCUCAAGGAUUAGGGAGAUACCGCGGGCUGAAAUCAAAUAUACUUGUCUGUGAAAUAUGCACCACUGCUGUCCAUUCCAGCAGCACGUUCUGAUGCCCAGAGACACAAUGGGAGGCCCGUCCCUUGAAGGAGUAUCGUGUAAUUUUCCCCGACUGGCGCAUCCAGCCAGAUCCCGACGUCGACGCUUCUGAUUACUGCAAGUUUGUGUUUAAGGAGUUCAAUGGAGAAUUUGCCAAAACGUAUAAAGUUGAACCAGCGGAGCUCCCAGGAGGCUAGGAAAAGAUCACUCAAGAGCAGGCCCUGUAGAGCCUGGAGGAAGCCUUCAAAAUUAAAUAACAA